CGGAAGUGGUGGUCGUGAGAGAAGAAGAUGGCGGCUACUGUGGUAGCGCCGCCUGUUGCGGUGGCCGCCCGCGCCAGCAAGCGCAGCGGCAGCGGACCGGGAGGCGGCGGCGGUGGGGCAGCCAGAGGGGCGGAGGAGGAACCACCGCCGCCCCUACAAGCAGUUCUGGUGGCGGACAGCUUCGACCGCCGCUUCUUCCCCAUCUCCAAGGACCAGCCUCGGGUCCUCUUGCCCCUGGCCAAUGUGGCACUAAUUGACUACACUCUGGAAUUUCUGACUGCCACAGGUGUACAGGAAACCUUUGUCUUUUGUUGCUGGAAGGCUGCUCAAAUCAAGGACCAUUUGUUGAAAUCCAAGUGGUGCCGCCCUACAUCCCUCAAUGUAGUUCGAAUAAUUACAUCAGAGCUAUAUAGAUCACUGGGGGAUGUUCUCCGUGACGUUGAUGCCAAGGCCUUGGUGCGCUCUGACUUCCUUCUGGUGUAUGGGGAUGUCAUCUCAAACAUCAAUAUUACCAGAGCCCUGGAAGAACACAGGUUGAGGCGGAAGCUAGAAAAAAAUGUAUCUGUGAUGACAAUGAUCUUCAAGGAGUCAUCCCCUAGCCACCCAGCUCGUUGCCCCGAGGACAACGUGGUAGUGGCUGUAGAUAGUGCCACAAACCGGGUUCUCCAUUUCCAGAAGACUCAAGGCCUCCGACGUUUUUCUUUUCCCCUGAGCUUAUUCCGGGGCAGUGGAGAUGGAGUGGAGAUUCGCUAUGAUUUACUGGAUUGUCAUAUCAGCAUCUGCUCUCCUCAGGUGGCUCAACUCUUCACAGACAACUUUGACUACCAAACCCGAGAUGACUUUGUGCGAGGCCUGUUAGUGAAUGAGGAGAUCUUAGGAAACCAGAUCCACAUGCACGUGACAACUAAGGAAUAUGGUGCCCGGGUCUCUAACCUACACAUGUAUGCUGCUGUCUGUGCUGAUGUCAUCCGCCGAUGGGUCUACCCUCUCACCCCAGAGAUGAACUUCACUGACAGUGCAGCCCAAAGCUGCACUCACUCUCGGCACAACAUCUACCGGGGGCCUGAGGUCAGCCUGGGCCAUGGCAGCAUCUUGGAGGAAAAUGUGCUCCUGGGCUCUGGCACUGUCAUUGGCAGCAAUUGCUCCAUCACCAACAGUGUCAUUGGCCCCGGCUGUCACAUUGGUGAUAAUGUGGUACUGGACCGGGCGUUCCUGUGGCAGGGCGUUCGUGUGGCUGCUGCAGCACAGAUCCAUCAGUCUCUGCUCUGUGACAAUGCUGAGGUCAAAGAAAAUGUUAUAUUGAAGCCACGCUGUGUCCUCACUUCCCAGGUGGUAGUGGGCCCAAGUAUCACGCUGCCUGAGGGCUCAGUGAUCUCUCUGCACCCUCCAGAUGCGGAGGACGAUGAGGAUGAUGGUCAGUUCAGUGAUGAUUCUGGAACUGACCAAGAAAAGGAGAAAGUGAAGCUGAAAGGUUACAAUCCAGCAGAAGUUGGAGUUGCAGGCCAGGGCUACCUCUGGAAAGCUGCGGACAUGAACAAGGAGGAAGAGGAGGAACUACGGCAGAAUCUGUGGGGACUCAAAAUCAACAUGGAAGAAGAGAGUGAAACUGAAAGUGAGCAUAGUAUGGAUUCUGAGGAACUAGACAGCCGGGCAGGCUCCCCACAGAUGGAUGACAUCAAAGUGUUCCAGAAUGAAGUCCUGGGAACACUUCAGCGGGGCAAGGAGGAGAACAUUUCCUGUGACAAUCUAGUCCUAGAGAUCAACUCUCUCAAGUAUGCCUACAACAUAAGCCUAAAGGAGGUGAUGCAGGUACUGAGCCACGUGAUCCUGGAGUUCCCCCUGCAACAAAUGGAUUCCCCACUUGACCCAAAUCGCUACUGUGCCCUGCUGAUUCCUCUGCUCAAGGCCUGGAGCCCUGUUUUUAGGAACUACGUGAAGCGUGCAGCUGAUCAUUUGGAAGCAUUGGCAGCCAUAGAGGACUUCUUCCUGGAGCACGAAGCUCUUAUUACUUCCUCGGCCAAGGUACUGAUGGCUUUUUACCAGCUGGAGAUCCUGGCUGAGGAAACAAUCCUGAGCUGGUUCAGCCAAAGGGACAUAACUGACAAGGGCCGGCAGUUGCGCAAAAACCAGCAGCUGCAGAGGUUCAUCCAGUGGCUAAAAGAGGCAGAAGAAGAGUCAUCUGAAGAUGACUGAAGUUACACUGCCUGCUCCUGUGGGUGUGGUUGAUUGCCCUCCUGGUUUCUGGGCCAGGGCAAGUGAGAGGCCAGUUGCAGAGGGAUGAGUGCCACCAUGAGCUGAGACUUAAAGGAGCAGAGGCUGGAACUACAGUAUUCUUCCCACCGCCAGCAACCAUGUGCCUGCCAUCCAUACUGGGGAGUUGGGAUGAGGGAAGUUGGGCUGGGUAACAGCUCUGUCUAAGGAGGAGCUAGGCAGGCCCUGCAGUUAGAGGAAGGCCAGAGGAACAGCUCUGUGCUCUGGUUUCCCCACAGGAAACAGCGGAGAGCAGCUGGCCCUCUCUGAUGCCUGUAUUUGUUGAUAUUAAAAAACAGAGAGAGGUA